AUGAAUUCAUUUUUGCAAAAACUUGAAAAAAGAAAAAAUAAACUUACCAAAGAAGAUAGAAUUGAGAAACCAGAAGUUUCAGAAGAAUGCACAGAAAAGCAUAAAGAGUAUAAAAAAAUUCAAGUUAUAGAUGAAAGAGAUACAGUUUUAUCAAAUUUGCAAAAGGAAUUGGAAAAUAUAAAUAA